AGGAGAAGGCUCUUCUAGACCUUCAGACUGCCCGGAGCUCUUGCCUGCUGCCUGCCUGCUUGCCUGCCUGCCACUGAGAAGACUUCAUUGAGAGAAGGAGCUCCUGGCUUGUAUCUUGAAUACACUGGUCUAAAAGAUCCCCCUCAUUGUGCAGAUGAGUGGCGCUAGGAUUCCUAGCACCAUGAGGGCCUGGAUCUUCUUCCUCCUUUGCCUGGCCGGGUGGGCCUUGGCAGCCCCUCAACAGGAAGCCCUGCCUGAUGAGACGGAGGUGGUCGAGGAAACUGUGGCUGAGGUGUCUGAGGCACCUGUGGGAACGAACCCCGUCCAGGUGGAAGUAGGAGAAUUUGAUGAAGGUGCUGAGGAAGCCGAGGAGGAGGUGGUGGCUGAAAACCCCUGCCAGAACCACCACUGCAAACAUGGCAAGGUGUGCGAGCUGGACGAGAACAACAUCCCCAUGUGCGUGUGCCAGGACCCCACCAGCUGCCCUGCCCCCAUUGGCGAGUUUGAGAAGGUGUGCAGCAAUGACAACAAGACCUUCGACUCUUCCUGCCACUUCUUUGCCACCAAGUGCACACUGGAAGGCACCAAGAAGGGCCACAAACUCCACCUGGACUACAUCGGGCCUUGCAAAUACAUCGCUCCCUGCCUGGACUCUGAGCUGACUGAAUUCCCCCUGCGCAUGCGGGACUGGCUCAAGAACGUCCUGGUCACGCUGUACGAGAGGGAUGAGGACAACAACCUCCUGACCGAGAAGCAGAAGCUGCGAGUGAAGAAGAUCCACGAGAAUGAGAAGCGCCUGGAAGCCGGAGACCACCCCGUGGAGCUGCUAGCCCGGGACUUUGAGAAGAACUACAACAUGUACAUCUUCCCUGUUCACUGGCAGUUCGGGCAGCUGGACCAGCACCCCAUCGAUGGGUACCUGUCUCACACCGAGCUAGCCCCACUGCGUGCGCCCCUCAUCCCCAUGGAGCACUGCACCACCCGCUUUUUCGAGACCUGUGACCUGGACAACGACAAGUACAUCGCCCUGGACGAGUGGGCCAGCUGCUUCGGCAUCAAGGAGAGGGACAUCGACAAGGAUCUCGUGAUCUAAAUCCACGUCUCCACCUGCAGAACCAGAUUCUUUCUCUUUGACCUUCCCCCUCCUGUUUUCCCCAAUGUUUAAAAUGUUUGGAUGGUUUGUUGUUCUGCCUGGGGUCAAGGUGCUAAUAUAGACUUAAAUGAAUACAUUAACGGUGCUAAACAUGGAAAUUUUAACCCAAGUCAUGACAUUCUUAGCUGUAACUCAGCUAGCACGGCCUCUUGCUCAUCUACUAACGGUCCCACUUUUGUCUUAACAUUUGCACCUCUGCCCAUAGUCUUAGCGGCAUAUAGGUGGACAUUUUGAUCUGUUCAAGUCUGCCUUCAACCCACGUUGCAUCUUUAGAUUUUCUACUUUUCUGUUUGAAACUAAUACUCACUGAAUCAGACUUUGUGUUAAUUUUAUUUCAGGGUAUUGGCUGCCAGGGGGUCAUCCCUACGUGGCCUGAAGGUGGGCAAAGGGAAGUAAUAGACAUGUGACGUUGGCAAGGAUGUCUCUGGGGCUAGAGGAUCAGUGGUGGGGAAAACCUGCAGAACCCACCAGCCAGAACUGCAGAUAACAAAUCUUGUUUGCCCGGGGCUGUAACUGGGAGAAAGAACCCAAGACUGUGUUCUGGGAAUACAUAAACUCUCAUGUAAACCCGGUUCCUCACCAUUCCCCGCCCCCCUCACUUUUCAGUGCUGUUUCUUUUCAUAUUAGGCUGUUUGUUCAAACUUUUCAGAGCCGUGGACCAUCAGUUCUCUAGAAUCCACCACACCUCUGGGGGGCAGAUCGCCACAUUGUACAGGGCUGCUCCCCUCUGAACUGUCUUUGGGAGAUGCAGGAGUGGGAGGGUGUUUCAGCCACAAAGGCCAAAAUCAAGAAGUGAGGCUCAGAAUGUUGUAAAACAGAAAAAGUGCAGUUGGGGAAUCAGUUUUGUUUAGGGUGUUUUUUUUGGUUUUUUGUUUUUUUCCUCUUUUUUCACAUCUGGAGGGCUGUCAUGAGGGAUCUUUCCUUUGGUUGCUAGCAUAUUCCUCCUCUUCUCCCCCACCCCUCUCUUUUCUUCUAUUAAUCAAAAGAAACUUCAAAGUCAAUGGGAUGGUCGGAUCUCACAGGCUGAGAACUCGUUCACCUCCAAGCAUUUCAUGAAAAAGCUGCUUCUUAUUAAUCAUGUAAACUCUCACCACGAUGUGAAGAGUUUGACAAAUCUUUCAAAAUAAAAAGUACUGAGUUAGAAA